AUGAGCUUCUUUGGCUUUGGACAGAGCGUGGAGGUGGAGAUCCUGCUGAGCGAUGCGGAGAGCAGGAAGCGGGCCGAGCACAAGACGGAGGACGGCAAGAAGGAGAAGUAUUUUCUCUUUUACGAUGGGGAGACGGUCUCCGGGAAGGUGAGCCUCGUGCUCAAGAAUCCCAACAAACGGCUGGAACACCAAGGCAUCAAGAUCGAGUUCAUUGGGCAGAUCGAACUCUACUACGACCGUGGGAACCACCAUGAGUUUGUAUCCCUGGUGAAGGACUUGGCCCGGCCCGGAGAGAUCACCCAGUCACAGGCCUUUGACUUUGAAUUCACCCACGUGGAGAAGCCAUAUGAAUCCUACACAGGGCAAAACGUGAAGCUUCGGUAUUUCCUUCGAGCCACCAUCAGCCGCCGCCUCAACGAUGUUGUCAAAGAGAUGGACAUUGUCGUUCACACACUUAGCACAUAUCCUGAGCUGAACUCUUCCAUCAAGAUGGAAGUUGGGAUUGAGGAUUGUCUGCACAUUGAAUUUGAAUACAAUAAAUCCAAAUACCACUUGAAAGAUGUCAUUGUAGGGAAGAUAUAUUUUCUACUGGUGCGAAUCAAGAUCAAGCACAUGGAAAUCGACAUCAUCAAACGGGAGACGACUGGGACAGGCCCCAAUGUUUACCAUGAGAAUGACACCAUCGCCAAGUAUGAGAUCAUGGAUGGGGCACCUGUGAGAGGUGAGUCCAUCCCAAUCCGGCUCUUCCUGGCAGGGUACGAGCUCACCCCUACUAUGCGGGACAUCAACAAGAAGUUCUCUGUCCGAUAUUACCUCAACCUGGUGCUGAUUGAUGAGGAAGAACGGCGCUACUUCAAGCAGCAGGAAGUGGUGUUGUGGCGGAAGGGUGACAUUGUGCGGAAGAGCAUGUCCCACCAGGCAGCUAUUGCCUCACAACGCUUCGAGGGCACAGCCUCUCUUGGGGAGGUGCGGACCACCAGCCAGCUGUCUGACAACAGCAGGCAGUGA